CGGUGAUGGAGUCUGAGGACCGGGACCGAGAGCAGGCCCCAGCGAGAGUCUGGGUGGUGGAGCGGCUGCAGAAAGUGCAGAGCCCCUAGAAGUUAAGCAAAAGGCUGGUGCUGGCGGAGAACGCCGGGCAGGGGCAGGGCCUGGGCCGGCCAGCUUUGCGCUUGGAGCUGGAGGCCCACUGAUGGAUUGGUGUCCCGGCCUCUGGACCUUGAUGAGGGUCAUCUGAGAGAAUGAAAAAGGCAGGCAUUGACUAUCCUCUGAGGCAGUUUCAAGGUCCCGUGUGGUGCUCACAGCUCACCUCCACGCCAUGCGCUACCUCCUGCUACUUGGUACCUUUGGCCUCCUGGCAGCGGCCCUGGCGGCCGAGGUGAAGAAACCUGCAGCCGCGGCCGCUCCUGGCACAGCAGAGAAGCUGAGCCCCAAGGCGGCCACACUGGCUGAGCGCAGUGCCGGCUUGGCCUUCAGCCUGUACCAGGCCAUGGCCAAGGACCAGGCGGUAGAAAACAUCUUGCUGUCCCCGGUGGUGGUGGCCUCCUCGCUGGGGCUGGUGUCACUAGGGGGCAAGGCAGCCACCGCGUCACAGGCCAAGGCGGUGCUGAGCGCGGAGCAGCUGCGCGACGAGGAGGUGCACGCGGGCCUGGGCGAGCUGCUGCGGUCACUUAGCAACUCGACCGCACGCAACGUGACCUGGAAGCUGGGCAGCCGCCUGUAUGGCCCCAGCUCGGUGAGCUUCGCGGACGACUUUGUGCGCAGCAGCAAGCAGCACUACAACUGCGAGCACUCCAAGAUCAACUUCCGGGACAAGCGCAGCGCCCUGCAGUCCAUCAAUGAGUGGGCAGCGCAGACCACCGACGGCAAGCUGCCCGAGGUCACCAAGGAUGUGGAGCGCACUGACGGCGCCCUGCUGGUCAAUGCCAUGUUCUUCAAGCCGCACUGGGAUGAGAAGUUCCACCACAAAAUGGUGGACAACCGUGGCUUCAUGGUGACUCGUUCCUAUACUGUGGGAGUUACGAUGAUGCAUCGGACAGGCCUCUAUAACUACUAUGACGACGAGAAGGAAAAGGUGCAGAUCCUGGAGAUGCCCCUGGCCCACAAGCUCUCCAGCCUCGUCAUUCUCAUGCCCCACCACGUGGAGCCCCUCGAGCGCCUCGAGAAGCUGCUAACUAAGGAGCAGCUAAAGGUCUGGCUGGGGAAGAUGCAGAAGAAAGCUGUCGCCAUCUCCCUGCCCAAGGGUGUAGUGGAGGUGACCCACGACCUGCAGAAACACCUGGCUGGGCUGGGGCUAACGGAGGCCAUCGACAAGAACAAGGCAGACUUGUCGCGCAUGUCAGGGAAGAAGGACCUGUACCUGGCCAGCGUGUUCCACGCCACCGCCUUCGAGUGGGACACAGAGGGCAAUCCCUUUGACCAGGACAUCUAUGGGCGGGAGGAGCUGCGCAGUCCCAAGCUGUUCUAUGCUGACCACCCCUUCAUCUUCCUCGUUCGAGACACCCAGAGCAGCUCCCUGCUGUUCAUUGGGCGCCUGGUGAGGCCCAAGGGUGACAAGAUGCGAGACGAAUUAUAGGGCCCUGGAGUAUGAGGCAACCUGAAGGCUCCUGAGACACAUGGGUGCUACUGGGGAAGGGCACCAGCCUUGGGUAUUUUAUGGGUGGGGGUGGAAAAAGGACCAGGGUUCCCAUGUGUCCCAGUGGACUUGCCCAGCUAGAGUCCACUCCACAUGGAUAUGAGUCCCCAGAAGCCAUGAUGCUGAGCCCAGACACCUGUGCCAUGAUCCUGUUCUGUCCUCACAGUCCGAGGUCCACCCUCCUCACCCAGCCAGUCAUUGUUCCUAUUUAUACCAGGUGCUUCCAAAUCUGUGAGACCAUUGAGCUGGGGCUCUUGGCUCCCCAGACCUCUCCCAGCUUCCCACAACUGAAAUAGGUGCUGUUGCCCCUGGGACCAGACACCCCCAGGACGGCUUUAGUCCCAGUACAGGGAUGGGAAAUUGGCUUGAAGCAGGGGCUCCUGGGCAGACCCUGGUUAAGAAUUGUUACAUGGAACAUCAAGGGGAUGAAUGUUUUGUGUUUGCCUUUUUUUUUUUUUUUAGUUUUUCAAAGAUGGGAAGGGGAAUGUGAACCUUUGUUGCUGUCAAAAUGAGAACUUAUUUGUACAAGCAUUUUUUUCAAUAAAACUUUUCCAUUGAAAGAU